AUGGUAAUAGAUAAUCAAGAUAAUAUUUGUUCACGUUGUCAUAUUCGAACAAAAUUUUUAGAAACAUUUAAAAAAUGUUCAUAUUGUUCAAUAAAAUAUUGUAAUCAAUGUUGGUUAGAAUUAGAGAUAUCUGAUGAUUAUAAACUUUUAAUUGAUUUAAUUCCAAAAAUAAAUCAUACAAAUAUAAAACGAAUAUGUUCGAUAUGUAUAAAAAUAUUACUUUCACGAACAUUAGAAAAUUCAAAAAUAAAAAAACAAGAAAAUAAUAUUAAUGAUGAUUAUCAAUUAGCUUUAGCUCUAUCAUUAUCACAAAAUGAAACUGAUGAAAAAUUAAAACAAAAAAGAAAAUUUAAUGAAAAAAAUAAUAUUCAAGUUGAAAAAAUAAAUCCAAUAGAAAAUAAAAAUGCCAAUGAUAAUCAUGAAAAUUUAUUAGAGACAAUUACAGAAGCAAUUGAAAGAUUUAUGAAUAGAGCAAAAAGCAAUUAUCAACGUAAUCGUGACGUCAUAGGAGACACUGCAUUACUUUCUGCAUUUAUAUCACUUCAAACAUGUGCAACUGAUCUUGAAAAGUUAACACAUGAUCUAGAUCAUCAACGUCAACAUUUUGAAACACUUCAAGAAAAAUUAACUGCAUUACGUGAUGCUCGUGAAGCAUUAAAUAUUCUACGUUAUGAACAUCAUGAAAAAAAACGACAAGAACAAGAACGUCUUGAACAACAACGUCGUUUAAUAAUGAUACAAAAAGUAGCUGAUCUUCGACAAUUUAAACAUACACAAAUAGCUAAUUUUCAAGAAAAUUAUUUUCAACAUUUACUUGAUGAAGAACAAAAAAUGAAAGAACAUUUAAAAAAAACAAAAAUUAUUUAA